UAGAAGAUAAUGAUGACUUUCUGGUUCAACGUUCCAAAACAGCUGAUGAAUUAAAGGCCGAAGAGGAUGAAUAUCAAAAAUUUUUAUUGGAGAGUAUGGAGGGUAACAAUAAUGAUGCGGAGUUUGUUGAACAAUGGCGGAAUUAUAAAAACAAUCCCAGUGUGAAUGAGGGUGAAGCCUUUUUAAUGGAUUAUGUACUUAAUCGUGGAUGGAUUGACAAGGAUACGACAAAACUACCAUCUUACGAAGAGUUGGUCGCAGAACAUGGAGAUGAAGAGCAAUUCGAUGAAGCCGUAGACAAUUUUGAAAGCAAAUACAAUUUUAGAUUUGAAGAAGAGGGAAGUAACAAAAUUACUACUUAUUCACGAAAUGUAGAUGGAUCU